AUGGCUGUUAUUAGGAACGAUCAAAUUUUUGUUGCAAAUGCUGGUGAUUCUCGCUGUGUUGUCAAGGAAGGGUCAGGUCUUGAAGAUGAGAAAGAGAUAAUCCUAAAAGCAGGAGGAUUUAUCCAUGCUGGACCAGUAAACGGAAGCUUAAACCUUGCAAGAUCAAUUGAUUUAAGCCCAUUUGAAAUAUUUUACGUAUCUGUAGUUAACCAUUUAGAUCAAAAGCUCGGUUUGUUAAGAAGACCAGUCUAUAUAUUUACAUCAAACAUAUGCUUGCAGGUGGAGCCAUCUCAUGAAGAUGAAUUCAUUGUUAUAGCAUGUGAUGAAGUCUGGAAUUAUAUAAAUCCUUCAAACUCGGUUAAUGAAAAAGCAGGCCCGGAAAAGGCUUCCAAUGAAAAAGCAGUGGUCAAUGAAGGCAAUGCAGGUGAAACCAUUGAUGAACCUGAUGGUGCUGAGUAA